AUGAGUUCCCUCCCUUCCUCCCUCCAUACGCCUAUCCGCCGAUACCUCACACAAUGCGCUCGACGAAAUCUCACUCGCCAGCAGCCUCGAUGGCUAUCAACGUCCCACAGCCUUCGAGCAACAUCCACAAAGACAGGCGCAAGGGAAGAAGUGCGAUAUUCCACCAAUGCCGCGCGUGACCAGCAUGUGCAGCAUAAGAGAUCAAUGGCCAUAUCUGCCGCUGGCCUGAUUGCGUGUGCUAUUGCCAUGUACGGCACUGUGACAUAUUACUUCCCAGACGGACUACAAGCAGAGGCCGGUGCGGACAGUAGCAAUGGGCAAAAGGACCAGACGGCAGCAGCGGCGAAGGCAAAGAGUGAUGGGAAAAUCAAGCUUGAGGGGCCACCGGCUGGCAUGGCACUUAAUGAGUCCACCACUGUGAUCAUCGAUGGCAUCGAACAGGUUCCAACGGGAAACUCAACGAUACCUAACUUCCCCAAAACGAUUCGGUUACCCAGGACCGUUGACGGCAACAAUCCAGAUCUGAAAAUCGGCGAUGAAUUACCCGUUACAGAUAAUGUGAAUGACAAAUCGGCAGACGAAUAUCAGCUUCUCGGCUUGGGUCUACGUACGGUUUCGUUCCUUAGCAUUCAAGUCUAUGUUGUUGGCUUGUAUAUAGCCACGGCAGAUAUUCCCGAGCUCCAGGCUCGACUUAUUCGACAUGGUGCGAACCCAGUCGUACCCGGCGUUCCUCCUACCGAUGACGGACUGGCGGCUACAUCCCUUGUACCGCAUGAGCGCGAGGCAUUGCAGGCUUCUCUUCUCGAAGCCGAGGAGGGCGAGCAGAUAAUGGAUCAUAUCCUUCGACAGGGCGGUAUCCGUACCAUCUUCCGAAUUGUGCCUACUCGAAACACAGAUUUCCUGCAUCUACGUGACGGGUGGGUGAGAGCCAUCACUGCCCGAGCUCAAAAGGCGAACGCUCAGGCUAAGCAACUUGAUGCUUCUGCUGAACCCCAGUUCAAUGAUGACUCGUUCGGUACGGCAAUGGCCGAGUUUAAGACACUGCUAGGCGGAGGAGUAAGAAAGAAUGUGCCCAAGGGUCAGACUUUGCUUCUACUUCGUGAUAAGCUUGGAGGAAUGGGGAUAGUGUAUCAGCCUGGCGAGACGAAACCGAUGACCUGGCUUGGUAGGGUUGGAGACGAGCGUAUCGGACGACUGGUGUGGUUGAAUUAUCUUGCUGGUAAGACCGUGGCUAGCGAGAGUGCAAGGAAGAAUAUCGUUGACGGCAUGAUGGCUAUCGUUGGCCGGCCGAUCGGUACAGUUGAGAUGAAGGUUGUCUGA